AUGUCCCCCAAAAAACUGCAAGUCGGCGCCGCUGGCCUCGGCCGCAUGGGCAAACGCCAUGCCCUGAACUUCCUCAACCGCGCCCCGCGCGCUGAGCUAGUUGCUGCGUUCUCCCCUGAUCCUGAGGAGGUCCAAUGGGCAAAGCAGCAUCUCGAGCCGUACGGCGUUACGCUGUACACCAACUACGAGGACAUGAUCAGUCAUCCGGGUCUCCAGGCUGUUGUGAUCGGGACUGCGACGUCAGUCCAUGCAGAGGAGGCAAUCAAGGCUAUGGAGAGGGAUCUCCAUGUCCUUUGCGAGAAGCCGUUGAGUAUCAAUGUUGAUAUUUGUAAUGAGGUCGUUGCAGCAGCAAAGAAACGGCCACACCUCAAGGUGAUGUGCGGAUUCUCUCGGCGCUUCGACGAGUCCUACCGAGCCGCCUACAGAAAGGUUGAAAACGGCCUCAUUGGACGCCCGUCUAUCCUGCGCUCCCAGACGUGCGACAAGCACGACCCAUCCGGGUUUUAUGUCGAGUACGCCUCUUGGUCUGGCGGCGUCUUUGUCGACAUGGCCGUGCACGACAUCGACCUGACACUUUGGUUCUUCGGGUCUGAUAUUAUCCCCAAGUCCAUCUCCGCGUACGGAAUCACGGCGGUGACGCCUGAUCUGAAGAAAUACAAUGACUUCGACAACGCCGUCGGCGUCGUCGAGUUUUACGGCGGAAAAAUCGCGUACUUCUACUGUUCAAGGAUGAUGGCGCACGGACAGGAAGACGUGACGGAGAUUAUUGGGACGGAAGGGAAACUCUCCGUGAACUUGAACCCGGCCAAUGACUUGGUCAAUUACUACCAUGCUGGUGGGAUUACACGUGAAGUCCCUGCGACCUACUGGGGCCGCUUCGAGCAGGCAUUUGUGAAAGAAACGAAUGAAUUUGUGGCCGCUUGUCUGGACGAUACGCCUCUUCCCAUGAAGCUGAGCAACGCGGUCAAGGCGGUGCAGAUUGGUGCUUGGUUGCAGGAGGCACUCGUUACUGGGAGACAGAUCAAGUUUGAUGAGACAGGAAGGAGGGUGGAGAGUGCGAGGAUCUAG